AGAGAAGCCAAAACAUAUCCAUUUGAAAUCCAGGCUUUCUUGCUAAGUCACAUGUUGUGUACUGUUCAGUAAUUAGUCAGCUGAAUGUGACAAUCUAAAAGGGGACUAGAAAGCAAGAAGAAUAAUUAUUUUUAUUUUUAGUAUAUAUAAAAGAGAGAAACCAAACUUAAACUGAAGCAGAAAUCAUAUUCUGACACAGAGAAAAGGAAUAUUAGACGAUAAUCAAAGGCAUCAUCAUGAAUCAUUGUACGGUACCAACUUGGAAUCCAAGGCACCAAAGACAACAAGAAGUCGUAGAAGCAGAAGAGGCUAACAGGUCGAGUAAGUGUGAAAAAGUUGCAGAGUUGACAUGGGAAAACGGGCAACUAGGAAUGCAUGGACUAGGGGGCAUCCUCUCCAAUAUUUCCCAAACAAAACAGACAAUGGGAAGAGCAGGCGAUACAUUAGAGUCCAUCGUGCAUCAAGCCACAUGCCACGGGAAAAAUCAGGAUUUAAUUCAAAAUUACGACCAAAAUUAUCAGGAUCUGAAAAUUGGUGGGAUGUGUAGCGGAGGAAAAUGGGGCGAGAGUUCACAACAAAUGGCGCCUCCUCGAGCAACGGUGUUGGCAAAAAAGAGGACGAGAUCAGAAUCUGAGCCCCAAUAUGGUGGAGCCGAAGAUCAUGAGUAUGCAGAACUUAGCGCGUGUGCAAGUGCCAGCGCUACCUUCUGUAGGGAGAAUGACAACACCUUGGUGAGCUGGCCUUCCUUUUAUGAAUCUUCUCGUAGCAUCAAGUCGAAAACCACUUGUGACGAAGACUCUGCUUGUCAUGGGGGUGGCUCGCAGGAAAACAAGGAGGAAGAGCAUCAAACAAAAGGGUACAACUCAUCAAGACGCAGCCGAGCAGCAGCUGUUCAUAACCAAUCAGAGCGGAGACGCCGAGACAGAAUCAACCAAAAGAUGAAAGCUCUGCAGCGGCUGGUACCAAAUGCAAGUAAGACAGAUAAAGCAUCAAUGCUAGAUGAAGUGAUAAACUACUUAAAACAGCUACAAGCACAAGUUCAGUUGAUGAGCAGUACAAGAAACAUGGCGCCACAAAUGAUGAUGCCUAGUCUUGGAAUGCAUCAACAUAUUCAGAUGUCACUACUAGCAAGAAUGGGCAUGGGCCUUGGUCUUGGCAUGGGCAUGGGAAUGUUUGACAUGACUGCUUUAGCUCGAGCUGCUGCUGCUGCUGCAACAGCCCCUCAUCAGUCCCAUACAAGUCAUCCGCUCAUUCAUCCAAAUCCAAUCGCCAGUCCCACUAAUCCAUUCAUCCCACCAGCAGCCUUCGCCAUGCCUGCAGCGCAAGCUAAUAUUCCUUCCACAUCACAAGCUAAUAUUGUUGCCAGGGCGACAACUGUCACCCCAGCGGCCACCAGUACUAGCACCAAUGCCGCACCUUUUACUGACCCCUAUAGCGCUUUUCUAUCCCAAUCAAUGGACAUGGAAUUCUUCAACAACAUGGCAGCUUUGUACCGGCAGCAAGCUAAUCAAUCUACGCAGACAACAGGCAGCAAGUUGAACCAGGGAAACCAAGUCCACGGCCAAAGAGAAUAGAAACUGAAUGUUUUUGUAUAUUACUACUUUGUAAUUUGUACUUACUCGAAUAUGUUUCCAGCGUAGUUACAUGAAAUCUACGGUUGUAUAAACUUUGGAAAAGUAUAAUUGGUGCAAUACAAAACCGUAGCUUAAAUGCUUAAUGCAUGUAUGUGGAAGUUGGAACUAUUUCACUAUUCUACCAUUUCAGAUAAAUUCGAUCGUUUGCUUUGUUGCCGGUCAUUCGGGGUUAACCG